CUUAUUCAAUUACUAGGGUUUAUAUGAUAUCAAUUUCGCUUUCUGAUUUGAAUUCCUUAUUUGCUUGUUCGAUUGAAGUUUUCUCUUCUCUUUCGUUGAUAUUUUGCUGAAUUUGAUUGUAUAUAUUACUAUUAUUGCAUGUAAUUGUUGGCUAUUUUGUGGUUUCCCCAAUUUGAUGGUAUAUAUUGCUAUUAUUGCUUGUAAUUGUUGGUUAUUAUUGCCUGUAAUUGCUUUGACAUGAGUAGAAUACAAUCGCCAUGACACGUGAAAUCGAAUAAAUGCAAGUUUUGAACUUAUGAUACUUGGAACUUUGGAAGGGGUUUUGAAGCAGAACUUUCCUUGUCAUCAUAAACUGAUUGCUGAGGAACUUAGGUAGUGGCCAAUCUUGAAUGGCUUUUAUCGUCUUAGGUUGAAGGCAGUUAGUCUCUGAAUACUACAUGAAGGGUAAUUUGUAUUCAUAUUUUUAUUUUCUCCAUUAUAUUAUUGAUUUGCUGCCAAAAUAAUAAUAAUGAUUUGGUUAUUAUAAAUUUUGAGACAUUGUAAUUUGUUUAGAUGAUUCCAACAAUCUUGAGCAAUUGGGUUGAUGUAUAUUGUAUAAUGUUCAUGUGGAUGUAUUGGAUGUGUUGUAUUAGCUCUAAUCCUUUGGUAGCUUAUUCCCAUCAAGUAGUUUGUCUCUAGACUGCCUUGAAUCUGCUGCUCUUUUUUUUUUUUUUUUUUUUUUUUUUUUCUGAAGACUGUAAUGCAAAACUGAAUGCUAUUGAAGGCCAAUCUAUAGUUUUGCUGCUAGACAGUUCAUAUGAGCAGAGAGCUUAGUCAGAAUCUGAUUUCCAACUCUGAAUAAGGAGUUUAUUAUUUUGAUGUUAUUUGUGAUACUAGUGUAUAUUGAUACUAUUGUAUAUUUUUUGGACUAGUUUUUCAAGAUUUCUACAAUGCCCCGACUUAUGCGUUCCACAAGGAAGAAAAAGCUAAAACAAAUACAACUAGUUAUUUCAAUGAUUAUUAUUAUUUUGAUGAUGUAUUGGAUGUGGCAUAUGAUGUGUGUUGUUACAAUAAAGGGUGUUCAAUUGAAAGAAAGAAAAAGAAACAAAAAGUUGCUACGAAUGUUAGUUUUGAGAGGGCUUUAUAAAGAGAGUGAUGUGAAAUGCAAGAGUGAGCUUCGCGUUAAUAGAAGAACUUUCAAUAUUAUUUGUGAGAUGCUUAGAGACAUUGGGGGUUUGAGUGGAACAAAAAAUAUGUCACUUCAAGAGAUCGUAGCCAUGUUUUUAUACACGUUGGCUCACCAUAAGAAGAAUAGGUCUAUUGGACAAUAUUUCUUUAGAAGUGGAGAAACCGUGAGCCGACAAUUUUACCUUUGUCUAAGGGCUCUUCUCAAAUUACAUGAAGUAUUACUUUACAAUCCCACACCAAUAUUGGAUGAUUGUGAAGAUGAAAGGUGGAAAUUUUUCAAGGUAUUGGUCUUUUUUAAGCCCCUAAAUUUUGCUAGGAUUUUCUUAUUUUUGAUUGUAUGUAAGUAAUAUUUUUUCUUAUUUUUGUAGAAUUGUUUAGGGGCAUUAGAUGGGACUUACAUUAAUGUAAAUGUGCCUUCACAAGAACGACCAAAGUAUAGAACAAGAAAAGGAACAAUUGCUAUGAAUGUAUUGGGUGUUUGUGCACCCAAUUUGCAAUUUAUUUAUGUUCUUCCUGGUUGGGAAGGUUCGGCCCAUGAUAUGCGUGUACUUCGCAAUGCUCUCUCUAGACCAAACGGUUUUAGGGUAACUCGAGGUAAGUGAAGCUCAUUCUUUUGUGAAUGUAUAAGUUUUGUUAGUUUUGGUAGGUAGUAAUCCUUUCCUUUAAUAACUUUGAAGGUAAUUAUUAUUUGGUUGAUGCGGGAUAUACGAAUUGUGAGGGUUUUCUUGCUCCAUAUAGAGGUCAAAGAUACCAUUUAAAAGAAUGGACGGAUCGACAACCCAAAAGUGCCGAGGAGUUCUAUAACAUGAAACAUGCUAGGGCGCGAAAUGUGAUUGAGAGAUGUUUUGGCCUACUUAAAGGAAGAUGGAGUAUUCUUAGAAGUCCUUCAUUUUUCCCUAUAAGAACUCAUGGACCGAGAAGUCCUUCACUUAGAAAAUUCAUGCCUACCGAUGAUAUAAACGAAGAUGAAUUGAAUGAAUCCGAUGAUGAUUCCGAAAGUGAUUCCGAUGAUGAAAGGGAAUUUAUUACAAGUGUUGCUACUUCAGAUCAUUGGACCAAUUUUAGAAACAAAUUAGCCCAAGAUAUGUUUAAUGAUUGGAGGGCGAGAGGUAGACAUGGUCAAUAGCAAAAAAUGAUGGAGGCUAGCAAUCGAGGAAGAGGUAAAAAUAAAAGGUAUUGGACGUAUGAAGAAGAUGCGGUUCUAAUAAGAUAUUUGCAUGAGUUGAGUUGCGAUCCGAAGUGGAAGUGUGAGAAUGGGUUUAAGAAUGGUUACAUGAAUAAGUUGGAAGAGAUGAUCAAUGGUGUACUUCCUAAUUGUGGCUUGAGAGCGGUUCCCCACAUUGAGUCGAGGAUCAAGCAUUGGUCGGAGAAAUAUAGUGCAUUUGCAGAAAUGUUAUCCACCUCAGGAUUUGGAUGGGAUGCUGAAAAGAAAUUGUUGCAAGUAGACAAGGUCGUGUACGAUGAAUGGGUGAAGACUCAUAAGAAAGCUAAAGGGUUGUUUGGAGUUCCAUUCAUUCACUAUGAAACUCUUGCGGAGAUAUACGCAAAAGACAAAGCUACCGGAGAUGCAAGUGAGUCGUUUGUUGAUGCUAUAGAAGAAAUGGAUCAAGAGAUUGAUAAGCAACCAUUCAAUGUCCAGAGUGAUGAAGAAGAUGAUGUGAAUUCUACUCAUUCGGACACUUAUUCUUCUACAAGUCAAUCCGGAAAACGCCCCAUGAAGAUAGAGGAUGAUCAUAUAACUCCUUCAAAAAUGGCAAAAGUGAAGGCUUCUACAAUUCAUUCUUCCGCAAGUGAUUCUACUACUCAAUCCGGAAAACCCUCUAUAAAGGCAAAGGAGACUAAGGUGAAAGGAAAGAACAAGGUAAAUUUGAAGAGUUUGUGUAGGAAUGAUGAUGAUGAUUUGGUGGCCUCCCUCCGUGAUUGUUCCAACAAUUUUGGGAAGAUAUUUGAAAAUAUCAAUGUUAAUCUCGGGACUAUGGCUAGUGCAUGGUCUAAAGCGGAAGAAAGGGAGCAAAGGAUGGAUGAAAAGGUGAACAAGGUAUUGGACGAGGUGAUGAAGUUAGAUGGCAUUUCUCCAUCCGAAGCUUUAGAGGUUGCUACUAUUCUCAUGGCGGAAGAACAUAAGCUUCGCAUCUUCUAUCAAGCACCAUUAAAUAUGAAAAAACAAUAUGCAAUUGAUCUUCUUAAGAAGUAACAACUUGAGCAAUGUCUUUGUUUUUUUGUUAAACAUAUGCAACUUGAGCAAUAUAGGUUAUGUCUUAGGAUUAUUCAUA